UGGGGUGUACUUUUAGGCUAGCAGCUAGCUAUUUUAGCAUAAUGGCCGGCACAUUUGCAGUUAUUUUGUUGACAGAGUGACUCAGUUCAUGGGUAUUGAUGCACCCAUGCAUAUGCACUGCCCUGAUAUCGCAAUCAUGUGAUAGCUAUAGACUAAGUCAGGCUCCACCUGACUAGCUAUAGAACUAUAACUUAACAAGUAUACUAACUGUAAACCUAAUGUCACAGCACAAAAGCAACUUCAUGUAAUAGUACUAUUGGCACAAACAAGGAAAUAGCAGUUUGAAUAGAAAAGGUGUUAAGGUGUGAUCAUAGAUGGUGUGAUACAGUCAUGAAUGUCCAGAACAAGCGUACCUCUGAUUCUACACAAGAAAGGCCUCCAUUCAGUCUUGUGUCAAGUGUCACUGUUGUUGGUGAUUCAAAUGUAGGGAAAACCUCCUUGAUACUUUCCUACAUCAAUUCUUCACCCUUAAAUCAACAGCCAGGGGCAUCACAAAGAGCUACCAUCGGUGUGGAAAACAGUUGCUUGAAGCAGGUUGAAUUACCUACUAGUAGCGAAAUAAUUAAUUUACACCUUUUUGAUGCUGGUGGGCAUGAGCAGUUCAGAAAUGUGGUGUUAAGCUACUUGAAACAGGGCAGAAUUUUUUUCAUUGUCUUUGACUUAUGUAAUGAGGAUACAUUUAACUCAGCUGUUACUUAUUGGAUGCGUGUGAUAAAAGAGAAUUGCAAGUAUGCACUUGAUGAGUGUCUCAUUUAUUUGAUUGGAACAAAAUGUGAAGUAGAGCAAUACAGAGAAGUCAGUCAAGAGAGGGCUCAGAUUUUUGCUGACCAGUUUAGUAUAAGAUACUUUGAAGUCAGCGCUUUCUCAAGGCAUAAUGUUGACUGUCUUUUUAAAACUUUAUAUGCAGAUAUUGAUGAAGUGAAAGCUAUUAAAAUUAUAUAUAGAAUGCAUUAAUGAUGUUUUGGUUGUUUUUAUUAUUGUAGUUAUGAACCACUGUUAUCUUGUAUUUUUGAUACAAACUAUCGUAAAUCA